AUGAAAGACAGUGCUAUUUGUGAAGAGAUUGCAUGUCUGUUACUCCCCCGCACGAAACGUGUGUGUCUGUCGGUCCUGCAAACCGUAAAACAUCGUCACCACACUAACGCUAACCACACUUGUGACCACACAGACACCCACACUAUGCACAGACAGAAAGGACCAUAGAGACCCACGCAGACAGACAGACGCCCACUCGCAUUCGUUCGGGUCGGUCGCACACGACUCACUGAUUGACUGGCUGACUGACUGACUGAUCACCAGCUACCUGCACUGGCCGGCUGACCAUACCGUCUCUCGUCUCUCCUUCCUCCGUCUGUCUGAUCCACAACAUGACAUUGACCAGCGAGAAGAGAAUCGCAUACGACACGGCCAGCACUGCCACCCCUUCGGCCGUCAUCAGUCGCUCCACCAGCAGCCGCAGCCCCUCCAGGCCACACGCAAACCCGCACAGGUUAGCGGCCAUCAUCCCAUACACAUUCAGCGCCCCCGCCGCGGCCACGACGCGCCGGCUCCACUUAGCCCUCGCCCCCUUGGUCACAGCCGUGUGCCACAAGCGCCUUGCGAGCAGCUCGGGCACCAGAAUGGCGCACAGCAGUGCGGCCCAGCUGAUGAGCUUGAGGCGGAUGUCGUGCCACACGGCCACGUAGGCGAAGACCACCCAUAUGUUGAGGGCCUUCCAUUUGCCGCCCCCCAGUGGCAGAUAGAUGUACCGGACGAGCCACUGGUUGAAGCUGCGGUGCCAUGUGCGCCAAAACUCCUCGGUGCUGCGAACACAUGAAGACACACGGGAAGAUGAGCAUGGCGUCACGUCACAUGUGGUGUUGAUAUGUGUGUGUGUACCUGUAGUUGUUGUAGACGCAUCUGCCCAUGUUCUCGUGUGUUUCGACCCCAUCAGCCAUCGCCCACAAGCGAAAGAACCUCCAAAUGACCAGAAACUUGAGCCAGAUGAAGCCCAGCGUCGUGAAGGCGCCCACAGCCAGCUGACCCACACCCACAUGAGCCCACUGGUGGAACAUCCGCUGGUUGGAGAUGAGGGCAUUGGACCAGUUGACACAGAGGAAGGCAUCCAUCAGCAGCACGCAGGCGACCCACCUGGCGAGAUACAUGGCGAGAUGCCGUCUCGGCGGGUGGGCAGGGCUGGCCAUCUGAGAGAUGAAUGCGUUGUACGUGAGGAUGGGCCCUGCCAGAUAAAGAGGCGAAUAGACCACAUAAGCCAGAUAGCCGAGAAGAUGGUAAUCACUCAGCGGACGGUGGCCCCUCUCUCUCUCACGCAACGUCAGCGGAACAGCAGCAGCGCCACCAUCAGCACACCAACCAUCCCCUGCUGCCUUCCUCUCCUUCAGCUCCACCGCAACCGCCUCCUUGCUACUCGCCCGAGCCGACCAGAAAGCGUCCAUGUUGAAGGAUAUCAUGCGCAGCGACACAAUGGGGAAGUGCACGUGCCAUCUCGAUUCGCCUUUGAGCCCGUCCAGGAAGCCCAGCCGUGGGUCUAGCCACGCCCACUUGUAGCCGCCGAAGCGAUCGUUCAAGAAGAGAAGCCCAAUACUCAUCGCCCAUGUCAGACCGGGCACACCAGCAGACACUCUCUCGCUGGCCGCCAUCCGCGAGAAGGCGUAGUUGAUCAUGACGAAUAGCAGCGUGAAGAGGGCGCCUGCGCCGUGGAGGUAAGAGAGGUAGAUCAAGCCCACGACCAGCUGAUACACCAGGGCCCCUGUCACCCAUCCACCACGGGUGCUCGCAUCCUUCCUUCUCCAGCCCCGCACCUCUCUCCCCACUAUCACGUGUACCAAGGCCACCACGCUGAGCAGCACUAACGAGCCGCGGAAGGCUCUCCACUGCAGAUCAUAGUUGUCAUACGGCAGCUUCAACAACGAGCUCCUCGCAACGCCCAACAGGCGCAUUCUCGUCACAUCCCAGUGGGAGUCGGCAAGCCACGACAGCAUUGAUGCCCUCGUUUGCCAGCCAUAGAUGACCAUCAGCAGGGGCAGCAGCACCACAGCAACGAGGAGGUGAUAGCAGAGCUCGAGAGUAGGCCACGAGAGAGGAGGUGAAGGAUCAUGUGGCUGAGAUUUCAUCAUGUUUCUUAAAUGCGCGCUCUACUUUG